AUGGAGGAUGUUAUACCAGAAUCUGAAAGCUUGUUGCUUCCGUUGAAUCUGAGCCCAAGAGGAGGUGGUGGAGCCAAAGCUGAAGAAGGCCAUCAGGAAGCUAAUGGACGUGAAGGCAGGGCAAGUGGAGGUGAAGACAGAGAAGUUGAAAAAGAGAAGGCAAGCAUGAAUGGAGGAGAUGAAGGUAAAGAUGAAGAGAAAGGAGGUGGGCUUAUAACCCAUCUAAUCUCCAUAGUGUCACCAAGGAGCACUCCAAAAGCAGGGGAAGUGGCCAAAAGAAAAGUUGAGUUUGAGGUUGAAGAUGAUAUAGGAAAUAGGGGCUUUUCUGGUAAGUCAAAGCCAGAGCAAGAUGUGGGCUCUGUUAGUGAAAAUAAUAGUGGAGGGGUAAUCUCAAAUCUCAUCUCCAACUUUUUUAAUCAGGGUGAUGGCGGUGGAGGAGGAGGUGGAGAGAAUGAUGAGGUGGACAAAGAAGCAGAGAAAGUGAUAGAGGAUGUUGGAAAUAAGAGAAUGAAAAUGGUAGAGGAGGAGAAAGGAGAGGUGGAGGGUGGUGGAGGGGGAGGAGGCAUCUUUGACAACUUUGUCUCUCACUUGCCUACGUCUCUUCCAGAUGAUGCAGCUCCCUCGACUGACGAAGCCUCCAUUCUCAUUACCUCAAUAGUUCGAGACUAA